AUGGCCACCACCGAUCCUCCCACCACCAAUCCUCCCACCUUCAAAUUUGAAGACCUCAACAACCCAAUCAACCCAUACCGACUUGAGACUUCUGAUAACCCAGGCAUUUUGCUUGAGCGUUUUUCUCCCCAAAACGGACCUCGUAUCUAUGAGUUGAAGAAGGCCCUCGCCAAUUUAUCCCAAGACACUGAUACUGUCAGCAUCUACUAUGGUAAGUUAAAAUCUCUUUGGGAUGAAUUGUCUAUAUAUGACCCGCUACCUGUUUGUUCUUGUGACUCAACGAAGGUAAUCUCUGACCGCUAUCAAAGGGACUGCGUGAUUCAAUUUCUCAUGGGUCUUCAUGACUCUUUCACCAACGUUCGGGACCAGCUUAUGCUCAUUGACCCACUGCCACCCGUUACUAAGGUUUUCUCCUAUAUUCAACAACAGGAGCGACAUCGACACAUUACUUUGGUUGUUCCUAGUAUUGAUACAAUUGCCUUGGCUGCUCGAAAAUUCUCUCCCAAACCUUCCAAUUUUGUUGCCAAGAAAGACAAAUCUUACUACUCCUACUGUAAGAUUACAGGCCAUACUUGGGCAAAAUGUUUCAAAUCGGGCAAUGCUGAGGCCCCUCUUUGUACUCAUUGCGAGAUGACUGGACAUAGAGCUGAACGCUGCUACAAGUUACACGGUUACCCUCCCGGUCACAAGCUUCAUAAACCACUCAUCCAUGCUGCUGUUGUUGAGUCCUCUACUUCCCUAGGCUCUUCUGAAUCCAACAUGGCAUUAACUAAGAAGCAAUAUAAUGAACUCAUGGCUUUGCUGUAG